AUGGAAACAUUACCUAAACAAAUAAGAAAUCUUUUAAAAUAAAUCGAUUUAUUUAGUAUACCAGUACCAGUUUUAACUGAUGAUGCUAAAUCUAAGUAUUCAAGUCCAUGUAGUGGAUUAAUUUCUAUUUUGGCUUCAGUAUUAAGUUUAGCUUACUUUGCAUAUGUAUUAUCAGAAUGGGCUAAUGGAAAUAUUCUUCCUACCAUUACAAGUAAUUAAUAAGCAUUGGCAUAUUCUGAACAAGAAUUGGAGGAUAAUUUUAUUUAGUUCAAAUUAGCAGAUCCAUCAAAUUAAGAUCCUUUUUAAAGAAAUAAUAAUAUUAUAACUCCUUUAUUAUUUAUUGUUGAAGAUUAUUAGAUUGCUAGUGCUCCAUUACCUUUAUUUAGUGAUGAUAAAAAUCCAUUCACUGUAGGAUUAAAUAAAGGUACAUUAAUUGUAAAUAAUUUAAAUCAGAAAAUUGAUGAACAAUCAUUUAAACCAUAAAAAAAUUAUUUAUUGAUAUUUAUUCAAUGUUUAGAUUAAUAUUUAAUAGAUAAUAGUAAUUGUGCUAGUAAAGAAGUGAUUGAUUAAUAUAUGACAGAAUAUCAUGGAUUUCUCUCUAUUGUUAUGAAAUUAGAAUAAUAUAACUAUAGAUAAGAUCAAAUAGAAUAUAUAACAAAGUAAGCUUAUUAAGCACUUUCUCCAACCUAUAUUCAAUAUACUUAAAUAGCUAUUUAAUAAAAAGCCAUUAAUCUCGAUAAUGGAUUAUUACUUUAAAAUUAGGUUACUUAUAAAUUAAUUAAUGAUUUCUAUUUAAUUAAUUAAUCAAUUGAUAAUCAAUAUAUAUAAAAUAUUGUAUCAUCAUUUUCCAAUUAAGAUGUUAAAUUAAAUGCCAUUAUGGCAUAUUAGAUAAGAAUAGAUAAUUUAUAAAUUUCAGAUAGGAUUAUUAUGCCAAAAUUAAGUGCUGUAUUGGCUUAUAUAGGUUCAAUUGUUUAAGUUAUUUUUAUGUUGAAGUAUCUAGCAUUAUUUAUAAAUAAUCAAAAUUUGAAAAUAGAGAUGUAAACAGAAAUUCUGCAGAUAUAUUAUCCAAAUUUGAAAAAUAUGAUUAUUAAAAGAAACUAUUUAGGUAAAAUAAUUCCAAUAAAUGAAACCAAUUAAUAAGAUACUUAAAAUGAAAUAUUUAUAAAACAAUAUGAAGAACAUCUUGAUAUAGCAUUUAAAAAGCUUCGGCUAAUAAAUAUUAUUUAUGAACUAUCUAGAAUAGAACUUCUAUUGGAAAAACAUUUUGGUCUUGAGAAUGUGAGUGAAUGUAAUUAAAUGGGAUCUAAAUUUUAAUUUAUAAGUAAUGAUAACAAAAAUUAAUCUUCAAGAGUUUCUAUUGUAUCGGUAGGAAAUUCAGGUCCUUAACCUACAGAUGAUAUUUUUAAAAUAUUUAAUAAAUCUUGA